GGGGGUAAAGGGACAAGAAGCGAGUCGUGUCGCGAGCUUCCUCCGGCUUAUACUUGGAGUGCCUUCGAAAAGGUUACAGUGCGCGGACUGUGUCACUCGAGGAUGUUCAUAUGGUUGGCAUUGGCAGCGGUGGCACUGGCGUGGUGGGCGCGGUGGCGCGCGGGGCGCCGACGAAUGUUAGCCCUGGCCAGUCAACUACCCGGCCCACCAGCGCUACCCGUACUGGGCAAUGCUUUGAGCUUCAUGGUCCCACCCGAAGAACUGAACAACGUGAUCGGGGAGCUAAUGCAGGAAUACGGCGACGUGUGGCGAUUCUGGCUUGGCCCCGACCUCAACGUGGUCGUCAGCGAUCCUGACGACGUCAAAAGUCUACUCACGAACUCGAAAACUAGCACCAAAGGACCGCAGUAUAAGUACAUGGCUGACUUUUUAGGAGAAGGCAUUCUGAGCGGAUCAGGGCCAACUUGGAGAACACGCAGGAAAAUAGCGUUGCCUAACUACGGCCGAAGGGCAGUGGAGAGCUACGAAGAGGUGUUUAACAGGGAGGCCGAUCAGAUGCUGGCGAGGCUGAGGGGCCGAGGCGGCGAGGCCUUCGACAUUUACGACGAAGUCGUCAUGGGCACCACUUACACUGUCUGCCAGGCAUUGAUGGGAUUGACUAGACAACAAACACUAAAGUUGCCAAAUAUGCAUUGGAUCAUCCGCGAAUCACACGAUUUAUAUUUGCUCGUCUUUAUGAGGAUGACACAAUGGUAUCUUCAAAUAGAGCCCUUGUACAGAAUAACAAAAUAUUAUCAAAAGCAACUAAAGUUUAUAAAAAAGAUGCAAGAGAUGGUAGACGUCAUUGUGCAGCACAGACUUAAAGUCCUGGAAGCCAUGGAUGAUGAUAGGAAAAUGGAGAUACUUAAAUUGGAAGGUGAUGAUGCACACAACACUGAACUAAGCGUCGUGGAUAGACUUGUGUUGUCUAAACAAAUAUCAAGCUAUGACGAAAUGUUGAGGGAAAUAUUCACACUCUUUACUUCGAGUCAAGAGGCAACGGCAAAGAUGGCAUCUUUUUUAUUGCUGAUGAUGGCGUAUCAUCCUGACCACCAGGAAAAAGUUUACGCUGAAAUAAAAAGCGUGUUCGGCGACAGCGACAGAGACGUCACUGAUGACGACAUCAAGCAGAUGCCGUACCUAGACAUGGCGUUCAAGGAGGUCCUGCGGCUCUUCCCUAUCGGAGUGAUGCUGCAGAGGACCAUAUCUGAUGAUAUUCAAAUAAGUAACGCAACAUUACCGGCGGGCUGCUCGCUCGUCAUCCCAAUCUUCCACAUGCACCGGGACAAGCGGUACUGGACCAACCCGGACAGCUUCGACCCGGAGCGGUUUAGACCCGAACACGCGAAGCUGCAGCACGGUAGCUGCUAUAUACCGUUCAGCUUGGGACCGAUGGAUUGCAUGGGUCGAUACUUCGGCACCAAACUAGUGAAAACUAUGUGCGUGAAAGUUUUGCGUGAGUUCCGUCUGACAUCUCCGGAGUCGUACGAGGACAUGCGCCUCGUGCUGGCCGUGUCCGUCGCCUCCGUCAACGGCUACCCCGUCCAGCUCCAUCACCGGAAAUGUGAACAUGUUCCUUAAGACUAUGUGAAGGUGUUGCGUGAGUUCCGUCUGACGUCUCCGGAUUCGUACGAGGACAUGCGCCUCGUGCUGGCCGUGUCCGUCACCUCCGUCAACGGCUAUCCCGUCCAGCUCCAUCGUCGGAAAUGUUAACAUGUUCCUUAAGACUAUGUGAAGGUGUUGCGUGAGUUCCGUCUGACGUCUCCGGAUUCGUACGGGGACAUGCGCCUCGUGAUGGCCAUCUCCGUCGCCUCCGUCAACGGCUACCCCGUCCAACCACAUCGAUGGAAAAGUUAACGUGUUCCUUAAAACAGGAGCACGCGCGAGCUCGCAUCCGAGUUUCAUUACAUUGCGAUAUUUGAUUGAUCGGCUGAAUCGGAUGUAACAUCAAUAGUCCGCAAUGUAACUAAAAUCGCAUGCAAAUUGUCGCGCCGUCUAAAUCGAUCGAUAGGGGAUCGCUAUCACUUCGACAACGAAAAGCUUUAUGUCUCUCUAUCACUCUUCCAUAUGAGUGCGACAAUGGCAGUUGCGUUUCGAUCGCUACGGAGCGUAAGCGAUUGGCAUCUUGGCUACACGGCCUGAUGAAUCCCCUAUCGAUCACUACAAAGUGUGGUCUUUCAUUAGUAUGUAUUAAGAAACUGUAAAUAAUUAUUAAUAAACCAUAUAAACCACA